UCACUCCCAAAGUCUCAACUUUUCUCUACUCUGCCAUUUUCCCCCAUUGAUAUCAAAACAGAGGGGGCAGAGGAAAGAGAGAGACAGUGACCGUAAGCGAGGAGUGCAAGAGAAUCUUCUAAUUAGCAGCAAAAAUAGCCGAAAGAAAGAGCAAGAGAGAGAGCUGCAGUAGUAGAAUCUACUAUCCCAUUUCGUCGCCAUGCUUAGCUCCGGAUGAGGAAAUCCUCUUCUUUCCACAAUGGCGCCGGACCCUUCUUUAUCGGAGGUCCUCCCAUGGCUCAAGACCCUCCCCCUUGCCCCGGAGUACCGCCCAACCCUAGUAGAGUUCCAGGACCCCAUCGCUUACAUCCUCAAGAUCGAGCAGGAGGCCUCCCGCUACGGCAUCUGCAAGAUUGUCCCCCCUGUCCCCGCAGCUCCCAAGACCACCGCCGUCGCCAACCUCAACCUGUCCUUUUCCUCUCGUUCGCCCUCUGGCGACCCCACAUUCACCACUCGCCAACAGCAGAUCGGCUUUUGCCCGCGCCGCCCGCGCCCUGUCCAGAAAUCAGUUUGGCAGAGUGGCUGCCGAUAUACUCUCUCCCAAUUCGAGACCAAAGCACGUAGCUUCGAGCGUGCCCACCUCCGCAAAUCCCGUAAGAAGAACAGGUCUUCUACCUCACUUUGUCCCAUCGAGGUCGAAUCGCUCUUCUGGAAGACGGCCGCCGACAAGCCCUCCUCAGUCGAGUACGCGAAUGACAUGCCUGGCUCCGGAUUUGCGGAGCUGAGGGAGGGCGAGAUGGAUAUGACGGCUGCUGAAAAUGUGGGAGAAACUGCGUGGAAUAUGAGGGGAGUGGCGAGGGCGAAGGGGUCGCUGCUGCGGUUUAUGAGAGAGGAGAUCCCGGGUGUGACAUCGCCCAUGGUGUAUGUGGCCAUGCUUUUUAGCUGGUUUGCUUGGCACGUUGAGGAUCACGACUUGCAUAGCUUGAAUUAUUUGCAUAUGGGGGCGGGUAAGACUUGGUAUGGAGUGCCAAGGGAUGCGGCCCUGGCGUUUGAGGAGGUCGUCAGGAUACAUGGCUAUGGCGGGGAGGUGAACCCUUUGAUAACAUUUGCUACGUUGGCAGAGAAGACAACCCUUAUGUCUCCUGAAGUGCUAAUUAGUUCGGGGAUUCCAUGUUGCAGGUUGGUGCAGAAUGCUGGAGAAUUUGUUGUUACUUUUCCAGGAUCUUAUCACUCAGGAUUCAGCCAUGGAUUUAACUGUGGGGAAGCAUCAAAUAUUGCAACUCCUGAAUGGUUAAAAGUCGCCAAAGAAGCAGCAAUUCGGAGGGCAUCAACGAACUGUCCUCCUAUGGUUUCUCACUACCAGUUGCUUUAUGCUCUUGCUUUGUCUUUGUGUUCAAGGAAUCCUAAAAUUGUUUCAACACCAAAAAGCUCGAGAUUAAAGCAUAAAAGAAGAUGUGUUGGAGAAACAAUGAUCAAAGAAACAUUUGUUCAAAAUGUGAUACAUAACAAUAGCCUACUGAAUAUUCUCCUUGACGACGGCUCUUCAUGUUUGAUUCUUCCACAAAGAACAUUUGAUAAACCCUUAUGCUCUGGUUUACAUCUGAAAUUACAAAUGAAGGUAAAACCAAGAAUAGCACUUGGUUUAUGCCAUGCUGAGGAUAAAAUGGAAGGAAAUUCUGUUCAUGAUUUUUAUAUUGGAAGCAGGAGCAGCUGGCCUAGUUCGAGUGGCUUUUGUCCAGCUGAGGAGAAUUCUAAUUCUGUAUACUACAGAAAAAAUCUUUUAGCAACCAAGAUUAGUAGCUUAGGAUCUUCUGGUUCACAAAUUUUGUCUUCAAGGUUGCAGAAUAAAGAGGGACAAAAUAACAAAUAUCGAACUGAUGGAGUUUUAGAUCAGGGGCUGUUAUCAUGCGUCACUUGCGGGAUAUUAAGUUAUGCCUGUGUGGCUGUAAUGCAACCUAGUGAAGCGGCGGCUGAAUACCUCUUGUCUUCUAACUGCAACUCUUUUUCUAAUCAGAUUGUUGGCUUUGAGGAAAAUUGUGGCUUGAAUAAUGAAGCUACUUCAAACACACUCAAUUCUGAUGUUGACGUCAAUGUUGGACAUAUAGAGAAGAUUCAUUCUCCAGUCCAAGUUCAUUUCCGUAAUGAUGGUUUGCUUUCUAAUGCCAAGGUUGAGAGAGGAGCUUCAGCUCUUGACCUUUUGGCGGCUGCAUAUGGUGACUUGUCAGAUUCCGAAGAAGAUGCACUUCAUGAUGUUUCUUUCUGUGCUGAUGGUGACAAGUUAACUCAUUCAUCUCUAAUGUGCAUUGUGGACGACCAGUCAGCAUCUGACAAAGACUCUUACAGAAUGCAUGUCUUCUGUCUUGAACAUGCUGUGGAGGUAGAAAAGCGGCUUCGAGUAUUGGGUGGGGUAAACAUGAUGCUUCUUUGCCAUCCAGAGUAUCCAAAAAUUGAAUCAGAAGCAAAACUCGUGGCGGAGGAGCUAGGACUCGAUCAUCAGUGGAAAUCUGUAAAGUACAGGGAUGCCUCCGAGCAAGACCAAGAGAAAAUUAGGUUAGCCAUAGAAGAUGAGGAUGUUAUUCCUUGUAAUGGAGAUUGGGCAGUGAAAUUAGGCAUUAAUCUCUAUUACAGCGUCAGCCUCAGCCAAUCUCCAUUGUUCAGAAAACAACUGCCAUAUAAUGAGGUGAUAUACAAGUCCUUUUUUCAAAAAUCACCAGUAGAGCAAAUCAGCUCUGGAACGAUUUCUCGAAGGCAGAAGAAAAUAAUCUUUGCUGGAAAGUGGUGUGGAAAGGUGUGGAUGUCAAACCAAGUGCAUCCUUUUUUAGCUGAUCAAAACUUCCCAGAUGAUGAUGAUAACAUAGAUGUGAGUUUGGAGGCUAAUAGCUACAGAGAGAAUGUGAACCAAUUAGUUCUAUCUAGAAGGAAUUCAUUAAAUAGCUACACUGCCGAUAGGCGAAAUUCUGGUAAGAAGAGGACAAAAUCAGAGUACCUUUCAAGCGCUAGAAAACAUGCACCUGCACCUGCCAGGCUUGACAAAGAUUGUAAUGCUAGAUAUGCAGAAGAGAAUUCUGGAUAUGCUGGAAAUGCAGAUUGUGACCCAAAUACGGAUAGGUCCGAAGCUGAAACAGAUAUAGAGGAGGAUGAUGAACAAGCAAUUUUAGGAAGAAGGAACUCCACAAAUAACAAUGCUGUGGCUAGAAGGAAAUCUGAUCAUAAGAAAUAUACUGUCCGAUCAAGCACUAGGAAGUGUACGCAUACCUGGCUUGACAAAUCCAGUGAUGCUAGAUGUGCAGAGGAGAAUUCUGGAAAUGCAGAUGGUGAGCAAGAUAGGGAUAGGUCUGAAGCUGAUACGGAUAUGGAGGAUGAUAAACAAGCAAAUGGGUCAAGAUGGAACUCAACAAAGAACAAUGCUUACGCUAGAAGAAAAUUUUAUAAGAGGAAAAAAUCAGCUGUCAUAUCAAAUGCUCUGAAACAUGCACAUAUCAAGUCUGACAAUUUCAGCGAUUCAAGAUAUGCGAAGGAGAAUUCUGCACAUGCUGGAAAUUCGGCUUGUGCUCCAGAUGCAGAUAGGUCUCAAUCUAAUUCAGACAUAGAUGAUGAUAUACAGGCAACUAUACGAAAACGGCACCUGACAAACAGCAACGGUGCUCCUAAAAGGAAAUCUGAUGAGAAGAGGAAGUGUUCGGUUGUCCGGUCAAGGACUAGGAAAGCUACACAUACCCAGCUCGAAGAUUCCAGUAAUGCUGGAUGUGCAGAGGAGAACACUGGAAAUGCUAGAUAUGCUGAUGAUGACCGACACAGAGAUCAGAGUUCUGAAGCUGACACUGAUUCAGAGGGAAAAAAACAAGCGAGUGUGCCUAGAAAGAAUUUACCAAACAAUAAUGCUGCUGCUAGGAAGAAAUCUGGCAAGAAGAGGAAAAAAUUAAAGGAUGGUUGCAAUAGGAAAGCUGCGCAAACUAGGUCAGGCAGCUCUGCAAAAACUGGUUGUGCAGAGGAUAAUUUCUCUAUGAAAUGUGGUGGGAGGUUUAGCUGUGUUAGUCCAUCUGUAAAAGGAACCAAUCAAGAUCAACGCAGUAUGCAGCUCCGCAAGAGGCGGUUGAAUUCUGGUGAGGCAAAUGUUAUAGUAGCACCUGAGAAGCCUAACAACAGAAAGAAGAUUAAGAAGGCCCUUGAUUCUGUUCCUGACAAAGAAAAUUUCUCAUGUGAUAUUGAGGGCUGCUGCAUGAGUUUCAGGACAAAGCAUGACCUUUGUUUGCACAAACGGAAUGUCUGCCCAGAGAAAGGUUGUGGGAAAAAGUUCUUCUCACACAAGUACCUGUUGCAGCAUCGGAAGGUGCAUUGUGAUGAUCGGCCCCUCAAGUGCCCUUGGAAAGGCUGCAAGAUGACGUUCAAAUGGGCAUGGGCUCGCACAGAGCACAUAAGAGUGCACACUGGUGAACGGCCUUACUCAUGCAGGGAACCUGGAUGUGACCUAACAUUUCGCUUUGUCUCAGAUUUUAGCCGGCAUAGGAGAAAGACAGGUCAUUAGUCGGCAAUGAAGGAUAGAGCAUGAGAAUUAACUGUUUUUUUUGGUUCAGUUGUUGCUGAAAGGUGUGGGAGGCUCCUUGUUAGACCCCCUCUAAUUGCGAGGGACAAGUAGGGUAUAGGUUAGAAUGACACUUUAACUUUUGUUCAUCUGCAUCUGAUUCAAUUGCAGUAUUAUUUUUCUGCUUGGGCUCACAUUUGGCCAUUCAUUCUAACUUAAUUGAGCAGCCAUUUGUAUUGUAUGGAAUUGAAUUCUUUCAAAUGGGAACUAAUUUGAAAACAACUAUCAUUUAUCCAAGGUUUUUUAUUCUUAACGA